AUGUCGGGUACAUGGUCUCGAAAGAGGCGCAGUGCAAAUGUCACGACAACAAAUGGCUCAAAUAAAACGGCUAUAGUGGCUCCACAAGCAGCCACGUCUUCCACAACGAAUGCCUGGGAUCCCCUCCGAGAUCACAUCCCAUUACCUGCAGUUCUCCAAAAGCAACAACAGCUUCUCUCCCGUUCAACUGAUCGAAUGUUUGACGAAGCUCAAGCAACAGGAGUGCUCAAUCUAGUAGGCAGAAAACUGAAAGAAUUCCCUCAAGGACUCGCCAACAAAUACGACAUCUCGGAUCUUGUUUCAGCUGAUCUAAGCAGUAAUCGAUUAGCUGAGUUACCAGCAGGAAUCUGCGAAUUGCGAUGUCUUGAAUCGUUAAGAGUUCGAGCAAAUGUGUUGAGAAGGAUUCCCUCUGAUGUAGCAUUGCUUGAUCGAUUGACGUUCUUGGACUUGAGCAACAAUCAUCUAACACAAAUCCCAUUGGGACUCUUUGAUUUACCGAUUGAGAUCUUGUUACUCUCUGGAAAUCGCCUUGACACAGUGCCAAAAGAAAUUCGACAACUAUCUUCAACUCUAACAGAAUUAGACAUAAGUUACAACCAUUUGCGAACUCUUCCCGCAGAUAUUGCUUUGUUAAAAUUCUUACGAGUGUUAAACCUUCGAAAGAAUCAACUCGAUCAAUUCCCAUCUGAAUUAUGUCGCUUGACUUUAAACACAUUGGAUCUAUCAAGCAACUAUUUCACACAAAUUCCUCUUCAUAUUCGAAAAAUGAAAACACUUUUUGUAUUCAUGAUUGAUGAUAAUCCGUUGCAAUCACCACCAGCUAAAAUUAUCAAUAAAGGAAGAGAGCAUGUUUUUAAAUGGAUGGAUCUUGAGUGUGGUGGUGGAAUGGGACAUAGAUCAGCCUAUUCAACUGGUACUCUUCGAUCACACAACAUUGGAAGAACACAAACAAUGGGAAGUGAUGACAGUGAUACUCUUCGUAAACCAUCAACUUCGGCACCAGUAAUUGAGAGAAAGAAUCGACAAACGAGAUUCGCAACUCUAACAAGCGGACAAGGAAGCGAUAGUGGAUAUGCAAGUACAGCUGAUGAACAUCGAUUGUCACACGAGUUGCCGAGUUCGGGCUUGGAUGAUAUCACAGAGAUUUCGGUGUUUUCCCCGUCAUCCGACGAACGAUUGGAUGAAGUGGAGAAGAAGAAAAGUCAAGAAUCACCGAUGGACACAAUCUCCUCAUCAUCCAAUGACUCAACAUCAUCAUUCCCGAUUUGUCCAAUCAACACCACAAAAAGAUCAAUUCAUGAGCAAAAUCAAAAGAAAACGCCUCAAACCUUAUCGAAAGUUCAAAUAAACGUCACUCCACCGAAAUUGAUCACAGAUUUGAAGAAUAACAAUGUUGAGAAGAAAACGAUAGCUCAGAAAAAAGUUGUUUCAACAAUGAUCGCAAAACCAGUCUCGAAAGUGGCUCCUUUACAAAAAGUGACUACAAUGGAAAAUGGAAAUCUUGAAUCUUUAAAAAGCAACAAGAAUAAAAUGGAUGCAUUGGGGAAAAAUGUGAGACCAGUGCCUCCACCGACAAGGCCAUCAACAUUGACAAGACAAACAGUCACAGGAAAUAUGAUUGGAGUGAAAAAGACGCUUGCAUCAGUACCAAUAAUAAAAGCUGGCACUCUUUCAAACUCGAUUCGAUCAGUUGGAAGUACAUCUUCGUCUAUUCGUCCAACUGUUAAACCCCCAUCAACUCCAACAACUCUACCAAAAACUACAACUGAUAGAAAAUCUUUAGUAAAAUCAAUGAGUACCGAGAGCACGAGCACCUCGCAAUUCAUUGAGGGAUUGAGAAAAGCUUUCAAAGAGAGGCUUGGAGUCUCACUCGAUUCGGAGAACAUUCCGUCUCAACUCAGUGAUGGAGUCUAUCUUUGCAACUUUGCGAACUCGUUGAAGGGGAAGAGUAUCACUGUUUUGACUCCAAUCGAGAAUUUGCCACUUUCCUCACCAAAAGCGAAACGAAAUGUCGAUAGUUUUGUGGCCACUUGCAAAAAGCUCGGUGUUCCAGAGGCAUCUCUGUGCAAUUCGGCUGAUAUUAUGGGAAAACGAAAUUUGCUUCAAAUCGCCAAAACAAUCAUGACGUUGCAUCGGAAUUUCCCCAACCAAAAUCGAAUAAUAGAAAAU